AUGAUACCUCCGGAAUUUGUGGAAUUGCAUAAAGGAAGCACUAAAACAAGUAAUUGGCUUUUACCUGGUCAUAUUGUUAUGAGUUCGUAUCCAGGAGACAUGUUAUUGGAUACCGCUCGACAGAAAAUAAGAAACUUUUUAGAGAUGGACAAGGUCCGAACUUUUGUUUCAUUACAAGAACCAGAUGAAAUGAAAAGAUUUCGUCCGUACAAAGAUCUUGUCAUUGAAGAAGCUCAGAAAAUGGGCAUUUCAACUGAUCAUUUUGAAUUUUUGAAUUUUCCAAUUCCAGACAUGGGUGUGCAAACGGAUGAGAAGGUUCAUGAAUUUACAAACGAUCUUGUGGACAGAGUUCAAAAUAAGAAUCAAGUGGUUCUUAUUCACUGUUUUGGUGGGCACGGAAGAACAGGUACUAUUGGAUCCAUUCUCAUGACCAAACUUUUCCCUCAUUUGAGUGUGAACGAAGUGUUGUUGCGAGUGGCUUUGUCGCAUGACUCUCGUGAGGAUCCAAGAGGCUUUCCUGCACCUCAAACACGAUAUCAAGUAGAGCAAGUGCAUCGUUUCGCCAAGGAAUUUAGAUAG